UUGUAGUGUUGCACAACGACAUUGUUAAGGGGCGCGCAUCAUUUUCUUGUAUUCGCUCAAAAAAUGCAAAGUAUUAAACGGUAUAAAAAAUAGACGCUGCAUAAAGGCAUUAACAAAUUCAAAACUAAAUUUUAAUAAAAGCCUGCAAUAAAAUGGCGAAACUUGGUGAUAAAACAAUGCGCGAACUAGACGAUAUAUUAAACGGGAGCGAAACCUAUGGAGAUCGAUUGGCCGCUUUUCUAAAGCUCAAGACCGCUGCAAAGCAACAAAGCUACACCCCGUUUGUUUUGGAUGACUUUGAUGUUACAGUUGAUGUUGACAUCGAUCUUGUAAAACUACCCCCAAAGCCACAGCCAGAAGACGCACAAAAGAUUCCAGCCGAGGAGCAGCCGCUACGCGAAACCACGCAGAAUGCCAUUGCAGCCAAUGAGCCGAAUACUGUGAAAGCGGUACAACAGCCACCAGUAAACGCAGCGCCUUCACCUGCUCGUGAAAAUGUACAGCCAGCUGCAUCCCCACCUGCGUGUGAGUAUGCUCCAGCUGAAUCUAACAAGUCACCGCGAAGAUCGCUGCGGCGCAGCGGCGGAGGAAGUGUACCUGGCUCGGAUCGUCUACGUCGUGUGGCCUUGCAGAGGCGCUCCCGGAGCCUUGGACGACGCGAUCUGCUUAAAGAAUUCAACGAUGCCGCGCCGAAUUCUUCGAAUUCUUCUCGAGGAACAGCUAAUACAACAUCAACUUCUUUGAGCUUUCUACCUGGGACUAGCAGUACUCCCGCAUCUGCUAAGCAAAAUGAUAAAAUGGCCACAGCAGCAGCAGCUACUGCAGCUCCCGCAGUAACUGAGAGCAUACCGUUGCAGAAUGAGAUCGAAAGAACCAUGAUGUUCACCCAACCACGUCGUGAGUUGCCUCUCAAUGCGACAUCACAGCUAUCCCUUGCCUCAGCAUCACAGGAAAACGGGGUACAACAACGCACCUACACCGUGGAAAUAGGUCCGGAGCCAGGGCAGCUUCUUCUCUCGCCUUCAAACAAAACUAGGAACAUCAGUGUGCAGCAGAGAUCACAUUUGUCACCAGUAAGACCUUUAUAUAAUACUUCGCUUAGACAAUCUCAGAUGGAGCAAAGACCCUCGUCACAGAUACGGAACUCGCCAGGAGCUGGACACGAGAUACUAGCGCCUGAUACUCCUCCACGUGUAAUGUGCCAAUCUCUGCGGGAGCCGGAAUUUACUGUGCCUGAAUCGCAGCCGGUAGUGCAUCAGGAGAAUAUGCAGCAAGUACUACAGACUUUAACAAGCAGCCCAGUUGCCGCUCCAUUUGUAGUCGUACCGCUCUCAUGCGUAUCUAAGCACAUAACACAAGAGGAGUCACAGCCACCAACAAGGUCAACUACACCAGUGGCAAAAGUUGCCAGUCGUAGCAUUCAAACGUCCUGCAGUCCGCGAUUCGUACAAAACGUGGCUGAAAUUAUGACGGAUGAUGACAGCGAUGACCAGCGGCAGUCCAGCUCUGCACCGUUAAAUUUGGCACCCCCAGGUGGGAACACAACCCGGCAACGUCGUUUACGCAAACGUAACCAAAGUGUGAAAAGUCCCAACAAGCUGCUGGACUUACAUUGCUCACGCUCAAAGGAUUCACAUCGUAACCGCACUCGAAAGACUCGACAGACGGCGCUUAAUAAGCCAUCCAGACCGCCUAUUAAUGGUGAAGAAUUCGCCCAGGAGUUGGCGCGCAUGAGCAACUAUGAGAUUCUCGAUUUGCGAAAACGCAAAUCGCUUGGCAAGUUGCAUCCUCUGAACGGACAUCGAGAGGAAAUAAGAGAGCAGAUGGUCAUUGAGGAACACAUAGAGUGGGAAAUAAUGCGUCGAAAUCUGGAUAAGCCCAGUCCCAAUCAUUCAACAGCCAAUGCGCCGUUGCAUCGUUUAAUGUCGCCAGUUAUACCAACCGAAACUGAAACAAUGUCAAAUCUGUUACCAGCAGCUCCACCCGCAGGCUUUGGAGAUGAUUCUGUACAAGAUCAAUACUCAAUGGACCAUCAGUCUACUUCAAAGCAGCAGCAACCAUUGCGUCGAUCAAACCUCAAACGCAGAGAUGCUAGCCGACAUGAGCCAAGAUCCAUGUCCACUUCUACAGUAAUAACAUCGCCAGCUCCUCCGCCAGACGAAUUUAGAAAUAGCCCCAUGCAGAGGCAACGCUCUGUGCAUCGCCAGAAGACACCGCAGAAGCGAAGUGGACGCCAUAGACGACGUGAACCAACUAUGAUCGAGGACGAUUUAUUGGCGGUCUGCACACCGCCGUCAAAGUUCCGUCAGUCCAAGUGCAGGCAGCAGGAGCAGUCGGCGUAUGUGGAGCCGGACAUAACUUUACUGGCUGAUCCACCGAAACAGUUCAGACAAUCCAAGUCCAGGCAGCUGAAGACGAAUGAUGUUGAAGAGCCAGGUCUGUCCAAGCAACAGAAGCAAUUGCAGACGGUUGUGGAGCCGAUUGUGUCUGCAUUGCCUGAUCCACUGGAACAGCUUCGGUGGUCCAAGACCAAGCAGUUGGAUGUUGCUAAGCCAGAUGAGACGGUAUUGGUGGAGCCGCCGUCACAGUUUCGGCGGUCAAAGCCCAGGCAGCAGUUGCAGUUGACUGUUGAUGAGUCUGAAGUGACUCCAUUGGCUGACCCACUGGAACAGCUUCAGCUCUCAAAGUUCGGGUACCUGAAAACCAUUGAAUCUGAAGAUCCUGAUCUGUCCUGGCAGCAAAAGCAGUUGACGGUUGUGGAGCCGAUUGUGUCUGCAUUGCCUGACCCACCGGAACAGUUUCGGCGGUCCAAGACCAAGCAGUCAGCUGUUGCUAAGCCAGAUGAGGCGGUAUUGGUAGAGCCGCCGUCACAGUUUCGGCGCUCAAAGCCCCGGCAGCAGUUGCAGGUGACUGCUGAUGAGUCUGACGUGACUCCAUUGGCUGACCCACUGGAACAGCUUCAGCUCUCCAAGUUCGUGCACCUGGAAACCAUUGAAUCUGAACAACCUGAUCUGCCCAGGCAGCAGAAACAGUUGUCAGCUGUUGACACGGAUGUGUUUGCUCUGCCAGCUACGCCGACACAGAUUCAAUUGUCCGGGUCCAAACAGAAAAAGUCGACGAAAGCUGUCGAGCCUAAUUUAACUGCAUUGGGAGAUCCGCCGGUGCAGUACAUUGAUGCAGUGCGGACAAGUGGCCCACAUCACGCUGACAUGCCAUAUAACUGCGAAAUGGCACAGAUAAGUUUGCAGAUGGAAGAACCGUCGCCAAUGACAACGCUAGCACCAUCGACACUGCCAGUGACCACUGCUUUGGAUGAGCAGCCAAGCACCAGCAAAGCCGCCCAGUCUAUGAGCAACAAGCAGAAAAAACAAUCGACGCCUGCAGAUAAUGUUUUUAAGAAACCAACUGCUCCAGCGCCGCGUUCAAAACAAAGUCAAAAGAAGAAGAGGGAACUGGAGAAUCUGUGCAUUAGGCUGGUUAACGAAACGCUGCCACCAGAAGAUCCAGACUCUGUAUCCGAUUGGAACACAACUGGAGUUCGCAAAUCCAAACGUGGUCAGGUGCCACUGCGCAACACUUGGGUCCACUCCAAAGGCGAUCCGUUCGCUCAAAUGCGCAAAAUAUAUGAGAAGACUAUGAUGGUCACAGCAACAGCAAGCAAGCCCAAAAAGCAAUCCGGCGCAAAUAGCAGCGACUUAUUAAUGGGCAGGCCACCAUUGUCAAGCAGCACGCCACGCAAUGCAGCCCCGAACAAGAACACCACCACAUCUGGUAAGCGUAAGCGUGGGCAGCAAAAUGAUCAAGAAGAGGGAAAAUACGAGUCCAACCAGUAUCAGAUAUCGGGCAUAACAGCAUUGAACAGCAUAGCAGAGCAACCGGAGGAGCUUCCAGAGCAGCCAGGGGAGCAACCUAGAGAACAAUCAGAGAAGCAACCUAAAGAACAGCCAAAGGAGCAACCUAAAGAACAGCCAGAGGAGCAACCUAAAGAGCAGCCAGUUAAAGCUAAAGAUGAAACCACAAAGCGCGGUCGCAAAAAAAAGGUCAACAUAGUGGAGACCAUGCCACCACCAGACGCUAGCCCCAAAAAGAAAAAGAAUAAAGGUGGCAAGAAAAAACCAGUAACUCCUUUAGUAUCACAAACUGAUCCAGAACCGGAACCAAUGGCAUUCUCAGCUUCAACAACAAAUGAUAUUCAGCAGGAAAUUGAAUCUGUGCCUGCUUUGGAGCCUGAGCCGCAAUCGAUCAAUCAGACAGAGGAUCAUAGAUUUCCGCUGUUGGACUGGCUAAGAGAGGCCAAGGAUGGCACUAUCUCCAUUGAUGGCUGCAAUACCGAAGAGGAGAAUGAUUCCCUGGUUAUCUCAAGAGCAGCUAAUCUGCAGUUCUCGAAUCUCAACGGUAUUGACUAUGCAUUCUAUAAUGGUGAGGAUAAUUCGUGCACCGUGGGAUACAUGCGCUUUCAGCCGUUCCAAGUUCGCGGCGUUAAUCGAGCUAAGCGCAAACUGCAAUUUGUAGCUCUUCAUGGUCAGUUUAAAGUAGAAGUGGAAAAUGAAGACUCCAAAGAAAAUGAGCAGUACACUAUGAAUACAGGCGACUUAGUGGAAAUUAAAAAGGGCUGCCGGUACAACAUUAAAAAUAUCUUGAAUGAAGUCUGCGUUUUGCUAAUUAAUCGGAACUAAAUACAUGUAUCAUCGUUUUAGCAUAAGCUUUUUACUAUCUUAGUUUUUGCCAAUGAAAUAUUAACAAUGUUUAAUUUGAAAUAUCUUAAAGAACUGGGCUUAAAUUAAUUUUUGUUAUAUGUAUCAUUUAAAUAAUUCAAGAAAGUUACACUAUUACAUUUUAUUUUAAAUAUAUUGAAAUACACACUUGGAUUUUCAACUACUUAAA